AUGGACAGUGGAAGGGAAAAUAAUAUAGAGAGCAGAGUUGGAUUGCAUGAUGAAAAUAUUAACACAUCAGAAGACGAAGAAUUGUCAGUAGAUGGGAUAUUUGAGAACGAGGAGGUACCUUCAUGGACAAAACAGUUAACUAUAAGAGCUUUUGUAGUGAGUUUUGUGUUGUCGGUGAUGUUAUGCUUCAUAAUGAUGAAACAACGCCUCAGCUUUGGUAUUGUACCACCACUGAAUGUCGCUGCUGGGAUAUUGGGAUUCUUUUUUGUCAAGACUUGGACUAAAACACUUGAGAAAGCUGGCAUGUUGAAGCAGCCCUUGACCCGCCAAGAAAUUACAGUCAUUCAGACCUGCGUUAUUGCCUCCUCAGGCAUCGGUUUUAGCGGUGGCUUUGGAAGUUACCUGUUUGGAAUGAGUGAACGUGCUGCCAAUCAACAAGCAGAAGCUAAAUAUGAGUUGGACUACAAGAACCCGGAACUAGGAUGGAUGAUUGGCUUUCUUUUUGUAACUAGCUUCUUGGGUCUUUUCUGUGUGGUUCUUCUCCGGAAGACAAUGAUCAUAGACUUGAAGUUGGUGUAUCCCAGUGGUAUUGCUAUUGCACAUUUUAUUAACAGCUUCCACACUCUUGGAGGGGAGAAACUAGCAAAGAAGCAAGUCAGAGAAUUUGGCAAGUUUUUCUCAUUUAGCUUCUUAUGGGGUUUCUUCAAAUGGUUCUUCAAGGCUGAAGAUGAUUGUGGCUUCUCAAACUUCCCAACAUUUGGAUUAAAAGCAUAUAAAUACACGUUUUUCUUCGAUUUCUCAGCAACUCAUGUUGGAGUAGGGAUGAUCUGUCCUCAUAUCGUAAAUAUAUCUUUUCUUCUCGGAGGAAUUCUUUCUUGCGGAAUUUUGCGGCCUAUCAUUGAAACUAGAAAGGGGGAUUGGUACUCUGCAGAUCUCGAGCCACGUAGUUUGCAAGGACUUUAUGGUUAUAUGGUAAAUUCCUAA